AUGGAACCACCAACAAAGAAAAGGCGACGGGGCUCCUCAGCUCAAAAAGAGGUUCAAGAUGAAAGUGACGAUGACGAACUUGCGUCACAUCCUCAAGAGAUUAGGAUGCGCCGAGAUCCUGAUAUUCAGCUUGCUCUCAAGCGGGCGAAUGCUGACCAUAAACUGCAAGCCACAAUGGCUCAUAUUAUCGAAAAAUACAGCCGGGACUUUAAGGGUAUUGGUGACGAAAUCGACAUGAACACUGGAGAAAUUGUGGUUAAUAACGGUCAUUUGCGUAAUAUGCGUGAUGAGGGAGAUGUUGAGGGACUAUGGAUGGAUGGCGAUAGUAAUAUCGACGAAGAUGAAGGAGUUCUGCUCGAGGAUCUUACGGAUGGAUAUUUCGAUGGCGAAGAACCAGUCAAAGGAGUGCAACAUUCUCAGAGCGACAAUCAGAACAACCAGGAGCCAACGUUUGCAGAACAAGGCGCGCCAACGGGUCAAAGGACUCACAGCGAAGUGUCCCGGGAAGCACUACAAGCUGAUAUGGGUACGACCAUGGAUCACUCCCAAAUUAACAACGCCAUGUUCCAUGCCAGUGAACCUCACUUUGGUCUUCCAUCCUAUGGACUAGGCUCGUCAGUUGGGUUCAGGCGAACUCCCGGAUUUGGGCCCUGGGGAGGAAUGCACGGUUUUCCCAUGCAAGCCUGGGGUCGGGACGAUAUUCCUCCAUAUUUUAACAUGUCGCCGAGUAUGCCAGGGCCUUGGUUCACCGGAGGAAGAUACGACUUCCCUACCCAUAACGGACAGACGUCGAUUUGGAGUCUUAACAGGGCCAAGAAGACGAAGCGGGCUGGCUCUAUGAAAGCAUCCUCCAAGCAGGCAAUGAGCAGACACCAUAGCAGCUCUCGUACGGAAGAGGAGGCAGUCGCAGAUGACCAUCAUAAAUGCAUGUCUGAGGAACAGUCACGCGAUAAUCAGGAAGGUCCGGUCCCUGACAGAACUAUAAAUGAUACCGACGAAGAUGAUGAUUUGAUGUUUUCUCAGACUACUGAGGUAGCGUCGACCCCUGAGGCGAGUCUUGUCCUUCCAACCAAAGAAUCACCUGCGAAAGGCGAGGUUCAUCGACAUUCACAAGGGGCACUGGAAGGAAUCAAUGGAAAUGUAGUGAGAUUGGCCCAACAGAAUGACGAGGAAGACGAUUCUGGUCGGAGACGGUCUGGCCGAGCGAGGAAGCAAACUGAGUAUAUGGGCAAGAUCUCUUGGGACGAUGCCAAAGAAUGGCAGAAAUCAGGCCAGAGGUUGAGGGUGGAGCUAUGCAAGGCUGAUCCAGUCGUUCGCAAAGACUUCAAGAGUGUCGAUCAUGUCGGCGAUGAGUGUGCCUCGUCCUUGGAGGAGCUUCAAGGCAAUGCGCUGGGAACAAUAGCACCCGAGAGGGGGAGGACCUCCCAAAGGCAGGUUGUACCAGAUUCACAGGAUACCGCGACUCCCUUCAGCAGCGGUGCUCCUGAGGCACUGGAGCGCAAGGUAGGGAACGACAGACUCUUUGCUUCUGAUGUACAUACUGUUUCUAGCAUGGAGCUUUCAGACGACGAAGCUCCUCUUGUUCUUUCAAGGGUCCGAGCACCAAAACGCCAGGUAGAAUUUCGAAAACCUCUAUCGCCAGUCAUGCCAACAGAUGAUCGAAUUCGAAGCGCUGGGCCCAUUGUCUAUGUUGCGAGUAGUUCACCAAAACCCAACCAACGAGCAGCGCCCAUAGUUGAGCCUACAGCUGGCGGUAUACUGAGCCAGACAAUGGAGCCUAUUAAGCGCAAGCGAGGAAGACCCAAAGGCUCAACACGCAAGGUUCAAAAGAAUACUGUUUCCAGUACAAAAGUCACAACAAGGGGCGCCGUACAGCUUAAUGCUGGAGCGCCAAAGAAAUCGAAUCCUGCAAAUCCCGGUAUUGAAGCUGGGUCCAAAGAUCACUCGACACAUGCUGUGAGGGGCCAUGAUUGUCCGGAUCGCGAUGAAGAAGCCUCACAAGAAUCAGAUCAUGGCGAUGAGGCGACUGAAGAACGUCCAGUAACACGUCAACAUCAUCUAACGAACGAACUCAAGUGGCUUCUCAAGACAAAACCCAAGAGCCCAGUGUCUUAUAAGCCACAAGCUAGAGCUUCAGAUGAUGCCAUCAAGCUUCGGCGGACAUGGGAAAGGCUCCAAAAUUCCAACAACAGCACAAACGAGUCAACAGAACUCAAGGAGGAUGUUUCAGAUGACCAGGAGGAACGGCUAGUACGUUUGACGCCAUCCGAGCUGUUGCAGGAACCAAAUACAAUUUCGGAGGGGCCUAUAGAAACACUGGAGACCGUUAUAGCCGUCGGAAACGAGCAGUCAUCUACCGCUUGUCCUUCCUCGCGCGUUCAUGUUGAAGGAGCUCCUAACUACAGCGAUCACUCUGAGGAUAGUGGGUCUCGUCUUGACGACAAUUCCUCUGAUUAUGCACCUCCUCAAGACGAAGCUGCACAUUAUGACGAAUCUCUGCCUGAAUUGCCUCAAGCUACCAUGGUUCAAGGGGUAUCGACACCGCGGAAGCCGACGGAUACAAGGGCUCCCCUUACAGCACCCCCUUCAAGCUCUCACAAACCACACACCCCUCGACAUGCUUCCAUUCGUACUACUCGUGCACCAUCAUCACGCCGAUCCCUCCUCUCAUUCGUGUCGGAUUCGGAAUCAGACACCGACAGCAAGCGUCCGUCCUUCAACAAGGAGGAUUUUGCGGGCAAGUGCCCUAACCAGAGAAGCCCAAAGGACACCCAGUAG